AGUGUCACUAGAUCCUACUUGUCAUCCACGAGCCAUACCGUGGGCGUUACCUUCCCUUGCACACCACCACGGCCAUUUCCACGCUAUAAAAACCUACGCAGGGCAUCGCACACACGCACGGCCAGAGUCAAAGAUAAGCUAGAUACAGAGUCCAGAGUUCAGAGUUCAGACACCAUAUAUAGCAUCAGCGGCGGUGACACCAUGCGCGCUCAGGCGAGCAUCCUGCACCGUGUCGCCCUCGCCACCACCGGGCCAGGCGAGACGUCGUCGUCUCCGGUGAGCAUGGUGGCCCCGGAGCAGCAGCAGCAGACAGCGCCUGUCAUAACAGUGAACUCGGACAUGGUGAUAAUCCUGGCCUCCCUGCUGUCCGCGCUCGUCCUCGCCCUCGGCAUCGCCCUCGUCACCCACUGCGCAUGCAGACGCCGGCGCUCCGCCAACUCUCCUCCGCCCCCCAAGGGCCUCAAGAAGAAGGACAUCGAUGCGCUCCCUAUCGUAUGUUUCGCUGCCGUGGCUCCACCGCAGUCAUCGUCGUCGUCCUCAGAGUGCGCGAUCUGCAUGGCCGAGUUCAUGGAGGGGGAGGGACUGCGCGUGCUCCCGCGGUGCGGCCACGGCUUCCAUGUCGCAUGCGUCGACGCCUGGCUACGGACCUGCGCCACAUGCCCCUCCUGCCGCGCCCCCAUCGUUGCCACGCCCGCGACUCCCACUGUGGUGGUCGUAGUGGCGGCGAACAACAGGUGCGAGAGGUGCGGCGAGGUGGCAGCGCCUAACCGUGGCGUCGAGGACAUGUCCUUACCCCCAUUUUCUUAAUUCUCUGCUUUUUAGCUAGCCUGGCUGUCGAUCUGAUGUCUCUUGACAGGCUAGUUUUGCAAAGUAAAACUUGUGUUUACUUAAGAUUUGUAAUUUAAUCAGGCCCUGUAGUGGCUUGCUGCAUUCGGCGUCCAGCAAAACAUUGUGUUAUUUGCUCUGCUAGUACUCGUGCAAGUGGCCAUGAACAAGUCACCUACUUUCUGCGAUAUUCACCUCCUGUCCUCUUCAUUUAUCGGCCGGGACAAAUCACCACUUCAUCAUCUUCUUCUUCCUUUUUUCUUUUUUGCGGGUGAAAACAAUGUAUUACUCAUCACCAAGGUUCAUACAAUCAAUCACAGCUAGCUCUCCAGAACCUAACCAAGUCAUGGUUUCUACCCUAAAGGCGAGAAAAUUUUGCUACCACUUCAUCUUCUUUGACCUGGAACAAAUCAUUGAGCAUCUCGUUCGAUUGAAAAUAGCUUCAGUUUCAUCUUGGUUUUGACACCAAAUGGUUGCCAUCGACCA